UGGCAAUCCUGUGAGGAGCAUGACUCCCUCCUGGCUCAGUGCUUGCUCUCCUAGUCGAACAGGCCACCUUCAAGAGAGGAAGUUGGGCUGUGUUCGGUAAGCCAGCUGGUGCCCCAUGGCUGGCUGCGUUGGAGCGUGGUUGCUGCUGCAGUAAGCAAGGGGGAUUUCAAGCAGGAAUCUUCGAGCCACCAUCGACUCUCACUGGCCCGGUAUCCCUUGUGCAUCCACCUAAGAACAGGCUUGUUUGGGUUGGGCUAGGUUACUAACAGACUCGCCGUUCUUCCUUUGACCAAAGUAGUAAGGCGCACUCAUUUGAAACUGGGCUGCUAAUGCUAUUUACUUGGUGUUUCUUGAGGAAAUGCCCUGACUGACUUCGAACAAAAUCGCCUUGCACUGAGAGGGCCAUUUGUCUCAGACCAGCUAAGCAAGAGGCGGGUCUCCGCCUCCCUCAGCUUGCCGCCGCCGCGUGGGCGGCUCUGUGUUGUUGAAUCCGAGGCACUGAGAGCCUGUUGCUAUGGGGGGGCCGCUUCCUUAGCAAACGCUGUUGUUGGGACAGUGCGGGGAGGAGACAGGGAAGGGUCAGAGCCACAGCAGUCCAGGAGAAGAACGAUUGGGGAAGGGGGUGGUAGAGCGCUCCUAACUCGUCAAAGUAGCGCUGGGUCACCGACAGCAGGGCAGGUGCUGGUCCCUAGAGGAAGCGUUGCCAGUGCCAAACUCAGGGAUGUGCUGCGCAAAGAGCGAGAAGGGGCUGUGUCUUUAGGCCGCGCAAGGGAAAGCCACCUCCCUGCCCCCCACUGUUCCCUCAGGUGGAAAGGAGACUGUGAGCACAGCUGCGAUGAACAACUUUGCUGAGGAGCACGAACGCUGUGACUUUGAGCCUCUGCCUGUACUCUUGGAGGAUGAGGAGAACGUGUCUCUUGCUGAUGUUUUGUCACUGCAGGAUAGCUGUCUUACUGAGCAAGAUAUCUGGGCUAUUUGCCUGGAGUGUAGCCAGUCUCUGAAGAGCAUUGCCCAUUCUGCAAUCUUCCAGACACUUUGCAUUACUCCUGACACUUUGGCUUUUAACACCAAUGGCAAUGUAUGCUUCAUGGAACAGAUCAGUGAUGAUCCCGAAGGUGCUUUUGUGGCCCCAGAGAUUGAUGUAACUGGUAACACUUUUGAGGCGCAUAUAUUUUCUUUGGGAGCCACACUAAAAGCAGUGAUUGAGUAUAUCAUGGUACUGGAAAUACAUUCAGAAUUCAGCCACGAUCUACAAACUCUGCUUGAGUAUAUGCAGGAAGAAAAUGUGGAAGAGAGGCCGAAUAUUGAGGCUGUCAUAUCAUUAUGUAAAGAGAAACUGAAGCUUUCUUCUUCAAAUGAUAUUUGCAAGAACUUCUCUGUUAUUGGAAGAAGAGUGCUUUCAAUUGAAUCAGGUGGCACCUUUCAAGACAGUUGUGAUAACUUGUGGAAAGAAAAGGUGUUUGAGAGGAUCUCACCUUGUGAACAGUAUACAAAGGAAAAUAAUGGCAAGAAUGAAAAUUCCUUCCUGGAAGACUUGAAAGUUGCUGGCUGUAGAAAUUUUUCUAAGAUGCAAAGAAUGAACGACCAAAAAGACAAUAUAAAAGAAAUUCAAAUUAACAUGGUGAAAGAGAGAUUUUGUUGUCAACGUAUUUCAACUCAACUUACUGAAUGUAUAGAAGGGAAGAGCAACUUAAAAUACAAGAAGUGCAAAACGUUAGACACAGAACCAUAUACAAAUGAAUUGGAGGGAGACGUGUUCAAGAAAAACUGCAUGAGGAAAAUAAAAACCUUUCCAAAGUUACCAUCUGAAUCUCCCUCAGAUCCAAGUACUAUCAUCCCCUUGAUUAUGCACAGUAGACCACUAUCAAGGAAACAGCCGUUAAAACCAGAGUCCUUAUCUGUAAUCAAUAAUAAUGAGCAUACUGUUUUAGAGGGAAAAUUAAUUCAGUGUAAUAGUAAUAAUCAACUUGGAUCAAAAGCAGGGUAUUUUCAAGGGCCAAAUGUUAAUUUAGAGGAAUUAUGCUUGAGAACAAAGGUAUCUCCUGUUUAUCAACACUGCAUGCGGACCUGUGAUGAUGGAAAUUCAGACCUUCAGCACAGUCCUACUGAGAUUUCAACUAACAGUGGUACACUAAAUGGUCCAGAUGACUUAAAUUCCAACCCUCAAAUGCUAGACAACUGUAAGGCAUGGAAAUACUGCAAUGAAACUUCUCCAGAAUCAAAUGAAACCUGUUUUUUACAUGUUAACAGAAUGCUUACAGUGUUAACAGCACCCAAUGACAAUGAGUAUGGACCGAGCCUACACAGUCUUCCAGAACUAAAUCCCAUUGAGAUGAAAGACUGUUGUAUUGAAGAUAAACAAGCUGGAGACAGGGAAUCAGAAAUGAAAACGAAUGAGCAGUGGGUUUUUCUGAAGCAUCUCUUAGCACAGUAUGGUAAACCAUUGAAAGACUAUGAGCUCUGGGCUUUAUGUUAUGAAUGUUUGCUUACUCUGGAGACUUAUACAGAUUACCCAGCAUACUUGUGUUUAGACUCUGUGUUGAUUAGCAGUGAUGGAAGUGUUCUCUUUGCUCCACCUGAAAGCAAAGACUCAUAUGAUAUGUUUUAUUUGGCUCCUGAGUUGGCAGAAGAUGAUUCUGUUACUGAAAAGGUCUGUAUUUACUAUAUUGCUGCAAUUUUGUGGAGAGCAGCAAAAUAUAAUUUUCCACCUGAUCACAAACUAGUGUUGCCAAGGAAACUGAAGAAUUUUCUUCUGGAUAUGGCAAGAAAAAAGUCAGAAGACAGGCCAUCUCUGGCAGAUGCUAUUAAGACAUGUGAUAGCUAUCUGCUUGAACAAGAUAUAAACAGCAAAGAGAUUGUGGCAUUUGUAACCAAAUCUGCCUUUCAGGCUUUCAGAGAAGAAAUAGAUUGUUUUCAAGAUAGCUUGCCUUUUGAUUUUCAAAGACAAAGAGAUUCAGUGGCUGAUAACUUAGGAUUUUUACCAAUUAGCAAUGAAAGCAAGCUGAUCGCUGUAAGAGGACCAGUCCCCUGCCAGUUGUCUUUAAACAGAGAAAGCACUAUGUUGCCAACUGCUUUCACCUCCCCAGCAACUCACUUUAAACCUAUUGUUCUGCAUCAAAAUACACUCAAAACAGAUACUGUUGCAUCUACCUCUGAGCAAUGUGAAACAACUAUGGAGGAAGUAUUACCUGUAGACAGCAAAAAGUCAGUUGUUUUAAAUGUUGACACUGAAAGCCAGACAGAUGAAGACUUUGGUGUGUCAUCUGAUAUUCUCAAGCAUGAUGAACAAGUUUCAAAAAUGUUACUCCAGACCCCUCUACAAGAGCAAUAUCCAAAGAAAACUGAUCCACCCAUGGCUCAAUUACCUUUACUCUCAAAUUCUGCAUGUGAUGCUCAGGAGAAGUGUACUUCACCUUCCUCUAGCAUCUCAAACUGUACUGUAUCAUCUAGUAUGACAUUUAUAAAUAAUUUUCUUUUGAAGCAGGACCCAGAGACAAGGGUGUUGACUCUUGUACCGGUGCAGAUAGCUAUAUCAGAGCAAAUACCAAAUAAACCUCUUCAUUCCAAAGCAGCAUACAGUUGUUGUCCUAGUUUGCAUGUCCUCCUUUCAGAUGCUGUAGUAAGCUACAAGGCUAAUGAAACCCUACAAAGUAACGUGCAAAAUGAAUGUGGGGAAAUAAAAGUCAAUAAUUUAUCAGCAAACUCAACUAACAAAGAGACUCAAACAGUAUCUUCUGAAAGGAAUCCAUUCCUUAAGUUUUGUGCAGAUACAGUCAGUAAUACCCCUUUAUCAGAUCACUUGCAAUGUACAUCUGUGGACCAAAAUCCUUGUUCACUCAGCAUAGAAACCUUUCACCAGAAUAAGGAUAUAAAUGAAGAUUUAUUGAAGGAAGUAGUGCAUCUUAUCCAAGAAGAGUUAGCAUUUGGUAGUUAUAUGGAGAAUACAACUGAAGGUCUGACUAUAGGUAAAUAUAUUUUCAGUUUAAAGGACCUUAAAUAUAAUACUUUCUGUAAUGCAAUCUCUGAGAAAUUUUGUAACCAUUACUGGGAAGAGGAACUGCUAGCAAAACUUUACAAUACAGCAAAUGGGAAAGCUAGUCCAUCUGUAAGCAUGAACAAAACAGAAUAUUGUGACAAGAAUUUUCAGAGCCUGAACAGCCUUCUGGAUGCCAGUGAUGAAACAAAAGUCUCUACUCCAACUACAUUUGCUGACAUGGAUAUAGAUGACCUCCCACAAGAUAAUAUUGAAAACAGACCACAGAUAGCUGUUGCUGGAACAGAAAUGGAGGGAGAAUGUUUACAAAUGAACAAAAGUCACCUCAGUCCAGAAUUCCCAGAAGAAAACCUAGAGCAAGAAGAUGUUCCAGGAAAGACAGAGGAAAAUAUUUACAUACAAUCUCCCUGCCCAUUUGAAUUGCAUGGAUUUUGCCCUGAUUGGAAGAGUGCAUUCUAUGGUUCAGAAUGUUUUGGUUUGGAAGUUCACAGUUAUGUAAGAAAACUUGGAAAGUGGCAAGCAAAUGGAACUCAAAACCCAGAUGCUAAAAGAGUGGAACUUGAACAGCUGAUAAUGAUUGAGACAAAAAAUUAUAGAAAAAGUUUAAAAUUCUACCAGAGGCUCUUGCAUAAAGAGAGAAGAAGCAAAGGUUGUGAAACAAAAGCUACGUUGCCCAGACUGAGAGGACAGCUAGAAGAAAUGAAAUCAAAGGUACAGUUUCUUGAACUGGUGAAGAAGUAUCUACAGAUUAUGUACAUAGAGAAAUGGGGAGUUGAACCAUGUGAUCUUCCUACGGUUGUUAACAUGGGAAGAAGUGAAACCUUGGACAUUAGCUCCUUGGACAGCAUGCUCCUUUUCUAUAAUAUAAAUAAAGCCCAAUAUAAAGCCCAAUAUAAUGAUAACCAGAAUCAGCCAAGGAAUCUACAAACUGGAACACCACUUGGGCUAAUGACAUAUCUCUACUCCAGAAAUGCAUUUUUAGAAGGCUAUGUGCAGCAGUUUCUCUCCACCUUUCGUUAUUUCUGCACACAAGAAGAACUUUUGCAAUUUCUUCUUGAUAGAAUCAGGAUCACUUUAUGCAGUUCAAACCUGGGGUCUUGCUUACUGCUUAGCAAAAUAUACUACCGCAGUUUCUCCAUUCUGCAGACUUGGAUUGAAGACUGCUUUAUUGUAGACUUUGCAAUAAAACCUGACUUGAUGAGUACACUAAAAGACUUUAUCACUUCCAAGGUAGCUCCACUCAGUGGUUAUGGCAAACAGCUGCUCUCAUUGAUUGAAGGCAUUACUAGUAGGAAACAGAACAACGUUUCUCAGUGUUACAAGUUAGAAGACUGGGAAGAGGAGGAAGAGGAGGAGGAGGAUGGCGAAACAAAAUCUUUACGUGCCUUGUGCAAAAGGAUCUCAAAAGAAGUUUCACAAAAAAGCUUUAACUGGAAACUUUUAAAAGGAAAUGAGGCUGUUGCCCCUUAUCGGAGACACAGGCAAUAUAGCAUUGCCUCAGCUGUACCAAAGUCAUGCUACACAAAUUUAGCAGAAGAAUUCUCAAGUUUCUAUACCAAAAUAGAUGGACCAUAUUUCUUAACAGAAUACACUCCCCAACAGCUUUGCUGUCAGUUGACACUGUUGGAACAGGACAUGUUCCUUAAAUGUCAUCCAGUGCAUUUUCUAAAUUCAAGACUGCUUGGAGUCAAAGACAAAAGUAUGUCUCUUCAAAAAGCUACUUCAUCUGAGUUGUUGUCUACUCAAGUCUGUAACCUCUUUGUGCAGAACUGUGUCCAAGACAACUAUCUCUUGCAGCUUUUAAAGUAUGCAGACAAUGUCAGUACCUGGGCUGCUGCUGAAAUUGUAACAAGCUGCAGUUCUAAGGAACAGGUUAACUUGCUUUCACAAUUUCUCUUCAUUGCAAAAUGUUGCUAUGAGCAAAGAAAUUUUGCUACUGCAAUACAGAUCCUAAGAGGUUUGGAAAAUCUCAUUGUGAGACAAUUGCCAGUGUGGAAAUAUUUGCCUUCUAGAAUAUCUGAAAUAAUGGAAGAACUCAAAGCAGUUGAGGUGUUUUUAAAAAGUGACAGCUUGUGUUUAAUGAAAGGAGAGAGGUUUAAGACUUCACCAACAAUUCCAGCAGCCCAUGUUCUGGCAAUGCACAUCCAACAGCUUGAAACUGGAGGAUUUACUAUGAGAAAUGGCACUUAUAAAUGGACUAAACUUAGAAACAUAGCAAAAGUUGUGAGUCAGGUACAUGCAUUUCAAGAAAAUCCCUACACAUUCACUCCGGAUCACCAACUCCAGUCUUGCUUGAGACACAGAAUAGCAUCUUUUAGUGAUGCAGACGUUUCUGCCUUAGCAGCUGACAACUAUGCCAACUUUCACCAGAUACCAGCUGGAAAGCAGUCCCGAAAAAUUCAAGACACAUUGCACAGGAUGAAAGCAAUGUUUCAGUAAUUGUUUUACAUCCAUCUCCCCACCGCCCGCCCUUAGAGUUAAAGCAACUUCAGUUCCUGGGCCAGUUACCAGAUUGUGACACGUGAUCUCCAUUGGGUAUUGACCAAGGUUUAUGUGGCUUGGUUUGUGUGGGAAAUUCCGAACUCUAAACAAAAUUAGGAAGAUUUUACUGUAUUCCUUUAUUGUCUUAUCUAGUAAUAAACUGCCCUUAAAUGAAUCUGUCAAAACUAUAGUCUGGGUAAAGAAAAUUAAUAUUAAGUAUUACUACUUAAGUAUUUUGUCUUAGAGGGUAGAGGCUAUUGGAGAACAUGAGCUCUAUUUUUAUAUCAAGUCUGAAUAUUUAUAUCCUGUCAAAAGGCAUAUAGUGUUGUUUGCUUUGUAUCUGCUCUUCCUUCUUUUCCAUUUUAUAAAUCUAAUAUGUUGGGAA